AAACGUAGACGUUAAAGUGUUAGAGAUGAAGACGUCGAAGAGUAGAUGAUAACGAAAGGUAAAGUAAUGUCCCGUCUACGAUUAACUUAAAUAAAAGUUUUUAAUGAUCUUUUUGUGAUUUUUAACCAAUCAAAACUCGUAUCAGGAUACGUAACAUAUAUUUGUAAUUGUUAAUAUGAGAAAAACAUCUUCGAAUCAGGAUGUUGAGAAAGGUUACACUCAUACAUUCCUUACUCAAGAUGAUGACAUUAGACAUUCAAAAAUACAGAAGAGAAGUUUAUGGAGGUGGUGGAAUCAAUUGUCUCGUCUACAACGUUAUGUUAUCUGUAUCUUUGUUUUGUUCACAUCAUUAUCAAUCUUAGUUUUUCUACCAUUGUUGUCGGAAAUAUCUUCAAAAAAACACUCAGCCAUUCCUUAUGAUCCAAACAGUCCUUCCCAUAACUCAAAUAAAUUGGUGAAUUCCAAGGGAAACCAAAUAUUCAUUCCUUCCAUUGAACACAGAGAAAAUGUCAAUAUUGAUGAGAAAUCUAUAAAUCAAAUUGUUCCUCCUAUAGAUAUUAGAGAAUCAAAUCAGAUAAAUGAAAAACAGAAAGCUGUUGUUAGAGCAUUUAAACAUGCAUGGAAAGCAUACAAAGAAUAUGCUUGGGGACAAGAUCAUCUAAAACCAAUUAGUAAAUCUUAUCAUAAUUGGUAUGGUGUGGGUUUAACAUUAAUUGAUUCAUUAGAUAUGAUGUAUAUGAUGGAUCUAAGGGAAGAAUUUGAAGAAGCCAAACAGUGGGUCCAAGAAAAAUUAGAUUUUAAUAUCAACAAAGAUGUCAAUUUGUUUGAAACAACUAUACGUAUCUUUGGUGGUCUACUCGGUGCAUAUCACUUAAGCAAAGAAAAGAUAUUUUUGGAUAAAGCAAUUGAUCUUGCUGAUAGACUUCUUCCAUGCUUUAAUUCUCCUUCCGGAAUCCCAUAUUCAGAUAUUAAUUUGAAGACAGGUCAUGCACAUGCUCCUACUUGGGGACAAGAUAGUUCAGUUUCUGAAGUUUCAGCAAUACAGUUAGAAUUUAAGGAUCUUAGCAGGAUUGUGGGAAAUUCCAAAUAUGAGGUUCCAGUAUCUAAAGUGUCAAAAUUACUCCAUACAUUACCAAAAAAGGAUGGCUUGGUACCAAUGUUUAUUAAUGCAGAAACUGGACAGUUUCGAAGUUUGUCUACCCUCACAUUAGGUGCACGAGCUGAUAGUUACUAUGAAUAUCUACUUAAGCAGUGGAUCCAGACAGGAAGAACUGAAAAUUGGUUAAAAGAAGAUUAUUUGCAAGCAGUUGGAGGAAUUAGUAAACAUUUACUACGUUAUUCAGAACCAAAUCGAUUGGCAUUCAUUGGGGAAUUAUUAAAUGGACAUAAUUUUAGUCCAAAAAUGGACCAUCUGGUAUGCUAUUUACCUGGAACAUUAGCACUAGGAUAUCAUUAUGGGUUGCCUUCUUCACAUUUCCAAUUAGCUCUUGAUCUCAUGCAAACAUGUUAUCAAAUGUAUGCACAGACUGCAACAUUUCUUAGUCCAGAAAUAGUAUAUUUUAAUUUACAACCACAAGGAAGCAGUGAUAUAAUUAUCAAGAGUAAUGAUGCACAUAAUCUCUUGCGUCCAGAAACUGUUGAAAGUCUUUGGUAUCUCUAUCACUUCACACACAAUGAAACAUAUAGAGAAUGGGGAUGGAAGAUAUUUCAAGCCUUUGAAAAAUAUACAAAAGUUAAAGAUGGUGGCUACACAACUAUUAGUGAUGUCCGCAAUCCGCUUAUGGUAAAACCUAGAGAUAUGAUGGAAAGUUUUUUCUUAGGGGAAACCUUAAAAUAUUUUUAUUUAUUAUUCAGUGACAAUCAAAAUCAAUAUUCUCUAGAUAAAUAUGUUUACAAUACAGAAGCUCACCCCCUUCCAAUCUAUUCCCAAGAUGACAAAAAAUCAUUGCAAACUCAUUUAUAAAAAAUGUUUAUAUAUAUGUAAUAUAUAUAUAAAUUCUGUUUUUGUGAUCCAGACUGAAUUGUGGUGCUAAGUCAAGAAGACUUGAAACUGUCAAGUUUGGACAAUAAAGAUUUAAAUGUACAGAUUCAACCUGUAUAUGAUGUAAAAAUAAAUGUGCCUUGUGUACAAGAAAACUGAAAACAAAUGGAGUUAAACCCCAUUUAUUAAUAAUAAAAGCCAUUAUCUUCUUUGAAAAUUCCGGUCUUGAUACUGUUUUCAACCCUCACUAUUUAAAAAUAUAACAUUACACAUUAAAUUGGUUUGACAAGUGAUGAAUCUAUCUCAUAAAUAAUUAUAAUCAUGUUGUAAUGGAAAAUUGUUCCUAUUGACAGCUAAAAAUUCAGGAAAAAUGUUUCAUUUUGUCGUUUUAAAAUUGGUAUAUAAAAAUGAACAAGUGUGAAAAUAAUAUAAAAAUUUGUUGUUUUUGAAGAACAAAUAAGGACAAAUUUUACAGAAAUUAUAUUUAAAAAAAAUUGGCAUUGAAACUAUUUUAAUCACAGUAAAUAAGUAAAUUUCACCUUUUAAGCAAGUUUCUGGUUUAUAUUUGAUGUUAAAAAUAUUGUAGCCAUUUAUAUAGAUUGUAAAUUUAUUUCUUACACGAUAUGUAUUUUAUACAAUUUAAUGUAUCAAUAUAUUGUAAAUGUUUUAAUGUGUUAAAUGUAUGAUAAAUUGUUGUUAAGAAGUAUUGAUUUCUUAAUAAUUAAUCUGAAAACAAAUAA